GGGGAGGCAAUCCCGACAAUCCCGACAACUCGAAUCUACUGAACGGGACAUGAUGCCCUGUCUGUCGCAUUGGUAAAAAUUCCACGUGUAGAUUAUCAUACGAGCGUGAGCUUUACGUUGUAUUUGCGUCACAAAUGCCGGACUUGAAUUUAACCCCGGGACCCCCACCCACCUUCCAGAACCCGGUCCUGCGCGGGUUCAACCCGGACCCCACUAUUUGCGUGGUGCCCGCAACGGCCGAGAGCCCUACGACCUAUUUUCUCAGCACCUCGACUUUCGAGUAUUUCCCGGGCUGUGCCAUUUACACGUCCACGGACCUUCUCAAUUGGAAGCUGAUUGGCCAUGCCCUCAACCGCAAGUCUCAGAUUGACCUUAGGACGCCCGAGCCGGGGGCCGGGAGCUGGGCGAGCACGCUGAGGUACCGCCCAGAUGAGAAGCGCUUCUACCUUGCGAACGGAAUCUUCCACCGAUACAGGCCCGCUUCCGAUGAACGGAUAUUUCCCCGUGGAUUCUACGUCUACACGGACAACAUAUGGGACGACAAUGCGUGGUCAGACCCAAUAUUCUUUGACAACCCCGGCUUCGACCAGGAUCUGUUCUGGGACGACCGGACAUCCAAGGUCUACUUGUCCACAACCCACCGGCUUGCCAUCCGGCCCCCAGGCUCGACACAGAAGGACUUCGCAAUCCACAUCUCGGAAAUCGAUCUCGCAUCCGGUCGGACGCUGACGCCACCCACUCUGAUCCGCACUUCCCCGCACGGCAUCGCCGAGGGUUCCCACAUCAUCAAGCGCGGGGAGUGGUAUUACCUGUUCACGGCCGAAGGCGGCACCGAAGCCGGGCACCAGGAGUGGGUGUUCCGGAGCCGGGAAGGGCCGUUGGGGCCGUGGGAGGGAACGGGACGGCCAUUGUGGUACAACGGGCCGGACGAGGAGGUGCAGAGGACGGGACAUGCCGAUGUCUUUGAGGAUGGGAAUGGAGAUUGGUGGGCUGUCCUCCUGGGUGUAAGGCCCGUGAGGGAUGGGGUGAAGUGGCUCGAACCUCAACUAGGUAGGGAGACCUUCCUCGUCAAAGUUGACUGGGCGGACGACUGGCCGGUCUUCAACGAAGGGAAGAACAUCGCCCUCCUCACGCCUGGGAGAGACCACGUCCAGGAGGCCCAGGGAAUCCAGCCAAGAGUCCAAGGCACGUUGGUAUGGAGAGCGGCCCUGAACCAGCCCGACUUGGAACUAGGAUGGUAUCAGAAAAACACGCCGAUUAAGAGGUCGUACACCCUCACCGAGCGUCCCGGAUAUCUGCGGCUCUACGGUGGAUGCUAUGACCUAUCCAGCCCAGAGGCUCCCUCGAUGCUCCUUCGGAAGCAGCUGUCGCACAACGAGUGUUUCCAGGCAAAGAUGAUGUUCAAGCCCGAAAAGUCGGGAUACGAGGCCGGCAUGGUUCUCUGGUGGAACCAGUUCUCAUACUCGACUAUCGGCAUCACGAAAGUUGACGGCCCGCUUGGCACCGGGCCGGUAUCUAUCACAUGCCGGUCCCCGACAGGCCGGGCCGGGGAGCUGAAUCUCUCGCAAACUCCCUUGGGACCGGCUGUCGACGGCCAAGUCAUCGAGCUUGCAAUUACGUGCCGACCAACAAGCUACACGUUGAGCAUUGGAGCCGGGGCGGUUCAGCACAACUUCGGAGUGUCUACUGCAGACUUGACUGUCCUUCCGCCGGUUGGAGGGGCCUUCGCAGGAGCCAUGUAUGGAGUCUACUCGUUCGGUAAAGGAGAGCCGGUGUUGGAUCCGGUCGAUUUCACCGAUAUCCUGGUUACGAAGACUGGGUGAAUGUGGGCAGUCAAGGUGGUUGGUUGGCUGUCCAGGAGAGAUACCACCACGCAAUAUAAUAUAAGUUCCAUAGUGGCAGCCACCGAAUGGUCGCGAACAUUUUGGCCGCCUACCUUAGGUAGGUAGGUAUGUUCUCUGUAUUUUCAACUCGGGUUACCCGUUUCAGCAAGUUCGGGGCAGAUGCCAUAAGCCGACUCGAACAAGUUAGGACAGUGUUCGGGGAAGAGAAGGAGAGGGCCGGACGCUGCCCUAGACAAAUCCUUUCCCCUCCGCACCCGCAGCGGCAAGUGGCGCUAGGCUGGCUGCGCCUUCCUUUCCAAGCCCGCGCCUCCUAUUCGGGCGGCCCCCCUUUUUAUGGUUACACCCGCGUCUCCUUCUCCUCACGCUUCAAGAAUUGUGCUUCCUCCCGAGUUUUAAGCGAUAGUUAAGUGUCUCUCGCUAACAUAGAGCC